CCGUCUGGACAUGGAGGAAUACAUAGGAGAACUAAGCUAGAUGACGGAGGUUUCUUUCUUGUUUCUUUACCACGAACGAAUUUAUCCUCCCUUCCGAACCCGGAACACAUCCUCCACCUCGGGCGGCCCAUGCACCUCCUCCUUUCCUUUCCCUCACGGCCUGCCGCCCUCUCCAGCCCCAGCCCAGCAGCCGCCGCCUGCCUCUCCUACCUCCAGCCACCGCCGCCCCUCUCUCUCUCUCUCACAGAGAUCAAAACGGCCCCCGAAAAUCCGCCCGAAUACGGAAAAACACCAUCCAAAUCCUAACCGAACCCCUUCUUCUCUUUAUCCAACUCCGAUUCAAAUUAUCCCAACUCAAAUUGGAUAGAGUUCCGGCCGGCCGAAUCCUCCAAAUUCGCUGCCUGUCUAUUGGCCAGGGGAUCCGGUGAAAUCGGGCGGGGAACCGGUGGAGGAGGCCCUUGCCGAGCUCCUCCGGGCAGCUGGGAUGGCUCGGGGACGGCGGGGCGCUGUGGAUUUGCUCGGCGAUGAGUUCAGCUGAUGCUGCAUCUGUUCAGCAGAGAGAAGAAGAUGAGGCAGAGAGAAAGGAGUGGGAUCCGGGGGUGAGGGAUUAUGCCAGGGAGGGAGCUUGUAAUUAACAUCCGAUGAUCUACAAGAGAAAGGAAGGGGAUUCGGGGAAAUCAGAGCAGGAGGAAGGAGACACGGAGACGGAGAGAAGGCCGACUCGGAUUUGACUCCGACGCGACGCAGGGGAAGCGCGUCCAUAUAAUGCUGGGCGCGUGCAACUUUGAGAGGCACAACAAGCGGUGGCCUUCGAUUCGAUUCGAUUCUUGGGGGCGUUCAGAGUGACCUCGUGAAUCCAUCGAGUUCCGGCGAGAGACAUGGCAGGUGCAGGGCCUUCGACAAGCGCGGCGGUGGCGCUGCCGUUCCUGGUGCACGACGUUGGAUCAGAAUACUAUGAGCCCCAGUCGCAGUACGGCAUCGCAAGCCAAUCCCUGGUGGACGCAACCAUCGAGCAGCUCCAAGACCACCGCUGCUUCGAGACCCCGCAGGGCUGGAUCCUCGCGCUCGACCCUGCCUCCCUGCGCACAUUCCUGUGGCGGCCCGAGGACGGCGAGCGGAUCACCAUGCCGUCCAUGGACAAGGACUUGCCCAUGAACUGCAAGUGCCUGCUCUCCGACAAGCCCAGCGCCAGCUUUUGCGCCGUGAUGGUCCUUGAUCUGGAUGACUUCGAUUACUGGCUCUGCCCGAUCGGGGGAAGCAAGUGGGAACGCCAUGGCUACUCGCUGACCAUGUACAACGCCAAGGACCAGCCCGUGGAAAGGCAUAUGGCACGGCGCCAUGGCAUUGCUGCUGUUGGAGGCAAGGUCUACUUUGAGUUUACCGGGAACGAAUUGGGAUUCGUUGAGUUUGACUCCGUCGAUCACAAACCGAACCUUGGGAUGAUCGAGGUCGACAUGAUCGACACUGUGAUGCCGUUGUGGUCGAGCUACCUCGUCGAGUCCUGCGGCGAGCUCUUUCUAGUUGUAGUCUUCUUUGAUGGCGAUAACGUGCACAAGAUCGCCGAGGUUGCGGUGUGCAAGAUGGAUUUCUCGACACCAGCUUGGUGCAAGGUGGAAACGAUAGGUGAUGAUCGGGUGUUUCUUCUCGGUGGAGAUCGGAUUGGGGUUUCGAAUUUUGGAGCAUCGUGUUCGGCUUCUCAACAUGGGCUGACCGGCAAUUGCUUAUACUUUCUGAAUCACAUUGCAAUCAACGAGAACUUUCUGCAUGUGAUCAACUUGGAGAAAGGGACUGAAGAAGUGCAGAGGCCCUUUAGAGGUUUCGUUGACCCAUUGCGUCCGCCAUUUUGGAUGUUAACUACAGAUCCAUGACUAGUAGCAUGAUUAGACCAUAGCUUUGUUGCACUAUCUCUAAUGUCAUUUUGUAACUUUCAUUGUCCAAUUCAUCAUUGAUGUAGUUUCCGACGAA